AGCAGCGGCUACAGUGGCAGUUGCUCCGGCGGAGCCCCCUGCACGGGUGAUUUGACCUACUACGUGGCGGGUCUGGGCUCCUGCGGCUCGUACAGCAACGGCUCGAGCGACAAGGUGGUUGCACUGCCGGUAGGCAUCAUGAAGGACAGCGACUGCGGCAAGACGGUGCACAUCACGUACAACGGAGUGACCGAGACGGGUACGGUGUUGGACAAGUGCAUGGGCUGUGACGAUGUGUCGAUUGAUCUGUCGGAGAAGCUGUUUGGAUACUUUGGCACUGAAGCCGAGGGACGGUUGAAGGGAGCGGAGUGGUAUAUU